GCGGCGUUUUUCAGCAUUAGCAUAAAGUGGAUUUGUUUUGGGCGCACACUAACGAUGGCUUCUCAAACUCACAAGAAGAAAGUCUGCUAUUAUUAUGACGGUGAUAUUGGAAACUACUACUAUGGACAAGGUCACCCCAUGAAGCCUCACAGAAUACGAAUGACACACAAUCUUAUCCUCAACUAUGGACUGUACAGGAAGAUGGAGAUUUAUAGGCCUCACAAAGCCACAGCUGAAGAAAUGACCAAAUUCCACAGUGAUGAUUACAUCAAGUUUUUACGCAGCAUUCGUCCAGACAACAUGUCAGAAUACAAUAAACAGAUGCAGCGGUUCAAUGUUGGUGAAGAUUGUCCAGUGUUUGAUGGGAUGUAUGAGUUCUGCCAGCUGUCAACUGGAGGCUCUGUGGCUGGGGCUGUCAAACUGAACAAACAGGCAGCUGAUAUUGCUGUCAACUGGGCAGGAGGUCUUCAUCACGCCAAGAAAUCGGAGGCUUCUGGUUUCUGUUAUGUCAAUGACAUUGUGUUGGCCAUCUUGGAACUGCUCAAGUACCAUCAGCGUGUGUUGUAUGUGGACAUUGACAUCCAUCAUGGUGAUGGUGUAGAGGAAGCUUUUUACACAACAGACCGUGUCAUGACUGUAUCAUUCCAUAAAUACGGAGAAUACUUCCCUGGUACUGGAGAUCUCAGGGACAUCGGGGCUGGUAAGGGCAAGUAUUAUGCUGUGAAUUUCCCUCUCAGAGAUGGAAUCGACGAUGAGUCAUAUGAGAGUAUUUUUAAACCGGUGAUCAUGAAGGUGAUGGAGAUGUACCAGCCCAGUGCUAUUGUACUACAGUGUGGAGCAGACUCUUUGUCUGGUGAUCGGCUUGGAUGCUUUAACCUCACCCUCAAAGGGCAUGGAAAGUGUGUUGAGUACAUGAAGAAGUGGAACUUGCCUGUGCUGCUGCUUGGAGGAGGGGGCUACACCAUUAGGAAUGUUGCUCGCUGCUGGACAUUCGAGACAUCCAUAGCCCUUGCUGUGGACAUGGCAAAUGAGCUGCCUUAUAAUGACUACUUUGAAUAUUAUGGGCCAGACUUCAAACUUCACAUCAGCCCUUCAAAUAUGGCCAAUCAGAACACAACAGAAUACCUGGAUAAAAUCAAGACUCGUUUGUUUGAAAAUCUAAGGAUGUUGCCACAUGCACCAGGUGUUCAGAUGCAAGCCAUACCAGAGGAUGCUAUCCAAGAUGAUAGUGAAGAAGAUGAAAAGGAAAACCCUGAUGAGAGGAUUUCAAUUCGAGCCAGUGACAAACGAAUCGCAUGUGAUGAGGAUCUGUCUGACAGUGAGGACGAGGAUGGAAUCGGACGCAGAGACAGAAUGAACUACAAACCAAAACCCAAGCGAGCUCGGAACGAAGAUGAGAAGAAAGAUGGAGAUAAAGACUCAAAAGAUGAUAAGAAAGAUGUAAAGAAAGAGCCUGGUGAGGCCAAAGAUGAGAGCAAGCAACCUGCAGGUGAUGAUAAGAGUGAAGGAGGUGAAAAGAAAGAGGCUGCCAAAGAAGCUGGUGCACCCGAGAGUAAGGAGACAGACCAGAGCAGCCAGGAACCGACCAAGAUGGAACAUUGAGCUUCGUAUGCUUUAGGACGUCAAUUAAGGCACAUUUGUAUAAACUCACUACGUCCAGUUUAUGGUGUAGCGAUCACCCUUCACUAUGGUUGUAACAAAGAAAUUAGGAUGCAGCUGUUGAGGUGCAGGUGAUGUACGACUGCACUCAUGCCAUGAUGGUUUGGUUUCGUGGACACUCCUUUUCCGGUGGAAUGAAUUGUAAUGAACAAAUGUGCUACUUAGGAAAGCUGGUGCAGCUAUAUGUCAGGUUGUUUUACGUCUGUGAACAGACAAACCAGAUUGAAAUCAUGAGACAUAGCAUAUCAUUUUUAUCUUGCUCACUCUUGACAUAUAUCAUGUUUACCCAUCAUAUUUCCAUGAUAUUUUGUAUUUGUUACCAUGUAAUGAGGUGGACAUCUCCUCUCAACUGUCACUGGGACGUAUUGAGAAUGUUUUGUAUCUCGGACGCAUGUCUCCGUCAGUGCUAUGUAUUAUCCAUGACAAGCAAUCUUGCCUUGGGUUUGUACUUCAACUGUUAGUAAUCAGUCACACACACACUGUCAACUCACUGCAUUGCUCGGACACAUGAUUUGGUGUUGGUUUCUAUGAAACUGUUUACCUUCAUUAAAAAUUUCUUAUUGAAAGUUAAGUGGUAGAGAUUUGUCAUUAUCUGUUUUUGAAAUGUAAAAUUUGAUCAGUUUUCAGCAUAAAGCUUUUAUCACUAGUUUUGUCUAUGACUGAAAAUAAUAAAGACCUUUUAUACUGAAGAAAAGGCAGUGGAAUUCUUUUAAAAGGUAUUUAAGUAAUAAAGAAAUCGAGAUAAAAUUGUUGACGAGGGAGGGACAAGAAGGCCUGAAGCAGUGAAAUGGAAAGAUAGUGUUAAGUUAUUGGUGACAGAGUAAUAAGUGUACAUAUUUGUCUUUGUUCAUCAGUUGACAAUGACUUAUAAUCAUGUUCAUAAACAAAUUGUUUUUAGAAAAUUCUUAAUACAUUCAAUCAGCAUCUAUUUCAGACUAAAAAUAAAUUAAGUUUCCAAAAUUGUAAAAAACUUUUCAUCUUUCUUGGAUGCGUUGUUUGUAUAUUGAAAGUGUGUACAUAGAAUGUGUUGUCUUUCUUAACUGCACACUUAUUUUCUUUUGGGAAUUUUUGCUUUCUUAUAGUAUUGUAUUUAACUCAAUUGAUUUCUUCAAUCAACCCUUAGAACAUUAUCGGUCCUCUUAUUUGGUGUGAUAUGUUCUGGUCUAGUCAGUUCCAAGCUUGUUGACAAGUUACACUGGAACAGAAAUUGCUCAUUUCUUGACCGUGUUUAUGCAUGUGACUACAUCGUUUGGGAAAAAUAUUGAAUUUUUGUCUUUACUUUUGUAAAUAUCUUUUGGCUUGACACAUCUCAAACAUAAUCUUAUCAACCCAGACAUUAUUCGAUUUAGUAUUUUUGGACUUUCAUACUAAUUUUCUUAAGUUUUAUGAAGAAUCAUUGUCAUACCACUGUAAUAAACAUCGAAAAAGCA